AAAUUAAGAAUAGUUUCUCAUUAUUUUCCGUUCUCUUCUUCUAUUCAAAUCUUCCGCACAAUAAUAAAUGACAAACUAUGGCGCGAUUCAAACCUCGUCUCAUACAUCGCCGUCACCGGUGGUGGAUGUCGAGUCUCUAUCAAGCGACAACAACCAAUGCACCGCGUGCGCCAUGCCCCGUCGUCCUUGGGGAGUGAUGUUCGACUUCCACUCCAUGGGACUUCCUCACGGCGUCUCCGAUGCUUCCUCCAGGUUCAAAACGAACUACAACUACUUCCGCACGAACUACGGGAUCUUCUUUUCCAUCAACAUCUUGAUAGCCAUCUUCGGCAUCAAGCAUCCGUUCUCGCUCAUCGCCUUCACCAUGUUGGUUUCCAUCUAUAUCUUACUUUAUUACCUCCAGGAGGACGAAGAGCCGAUCAAGCUGUUCUGUUGUCAGAUCAGUGAUCAGAUGAUUCGGAUCGUCAAGACUUGCUUGUUUUUGUUAACCAUGGCUCUUCUCGUCGUGACCAACGCAACGUACGUGAUCUACGGUUGGCCGUUGGUGAUCGUAUAUGUGCCGAUCUUGAUCCAUACGGUGGUUAGGAAGACGGAUGAUCUAUUCUUGGAUGAAGAGGCGGCGACGAGGACUGAGACUUAUUGGAGCUCACUCCGUUUCCAUGUCAUGUUCGCUCUCUUUAAUUUGUACUUCAGCUUUGGUUAAGGGUUUAGGGACGUUACGAGUUUAGAGUUUGGUAUGAUUGAUUGGCCGAACGUAUAGACAGACUUAUAUACAUUCAAACGUCUCCUGUUUUGUUUUUCAUUUUUUUUCCGGCGAAC